AGAAAGUAGGAAAAGUGGUUCACCAAAUCAAACUUCUUUCCUUUUGUCCAUUUCUUCCUUCCAUUCCCUACAAAAACAGAACAAUUCUGCUCUGAAACUUCACAAAUCAAACUUUCUACCUUCUGAGUUCUCAACAAGUUGUUAACUGUCUUUACCAUUCUCAGAAGCAGUUGUAAUAGUACUCCAUAGCAGAAUGGCACAGGGAAAGAUGGUGAUGGCUCUGCUUGCUGUUAUCGUUGCCGUGCACUGGGCAGGAGCAGCGGCACAGUCGGACUGUACGAAUGUGCUGAUCAGCUUGUCACCGUGCCUGAAUUACAUUACAGGGAACUCUUCUACCCCAUCACAAGGAUGCUGCACACAGCUUGCAACCGUUGUCCGCUCACAACCACAGUGCUUGUGCCAGGUCCUGAAUGGUGGUGGUUCCUCGCUUGGGGUCAACAUCAACCAAACCCAGGCUCUGGCUCUGCCCCAGGCUUGCAAUGUUCAGACUCCUUCCAUCAGCAGCUGCAAUGUUGCUUCUCCCACCGGCUCUCCAGCAGGAUCACCGGAAUCUUCAAACAAUGUUCCUUCAGGAACUGGAUCUAAGACUGUUCCAUCACCAGACAACAACUCAUCAGACGGAAGCUCCAUCCAUUUGUCAAAACCUCUACUAUUCUCCAUCUUGUUGGCUUCUACAUAUGCUUCAGCUUUCAAGUUGUACUGAUCUUCUUAUCAGUUGCCUAUCUUCUACAAGACUACUUUAUGGUUGGUCCAUUUAUUGCGUUCAGAUUCUUUUGGAGUGUCCAUUGUUUUAGGCAUCCCUUUGGUUGAGGGUGGUUCUAUCUUUAUAUUCUUCUCAUGGCAUUUGUUUCCAAGAACUUUGUAUUGCAUCAGAGAUUCUUUUGAAUAAAAUACAUGAUUCUGUGUUUGUGAGUACUAAAA